GCCCCGCCCCCUUGUGUCUCCUCCUCUUUCUUCUCCGCUGCUUGUUUCAUCCCAUCUUUCAGUUGAGCCAUUGCCUCAAAGCCUCAAAUUUCUUGUGAGAUUUCUGCUCUGUUGCACUGUGCCGGGCUGCCUAGUGAUCCAGGAGUUAUUGGGGUUCUGUGUGGGGAUGGGAGUGAAUGAGGCAAAGAAUGGAUGGCGAAUGAAGAUGUGAAUAUAAAAAAAUACGCUUAAAAAAGGGGAUUAUGAGAAGGAGAUGGAGCGGCUAACCAUCUUCUGUCAUCUCCUACUUUUACACGUUCUUCCAUCCACCGCAACUAACCUUAUUACAGUGGACCUAUACGAAGCAAGAGGUCAGCGCGUGUGCAGGGUGGGCCGGGAGAGGCCCUGUUACAAGCUGGCGUAUUUCUCCGACCCGCGGCGGCGGCUGAACUUUGUGGAGGCGGAGCAGGCGUGCCGGCGGGACGGCGGGGAGCUGCUUGGCGUGGAGUCGGCGUCCGAGCAGCAGGUAAUCGAGCAGCUCAUCUCCGAGAUCCGCCCCACCGACGGGGACUUCUGGAUCGGCCUUCGCCGUAACCAUGGAGACCAGGAGAGCAGCUUGGACUGCUCCUCGCUGUACUACUGGGUCGACGGGAGCAAGGCCAAGUACAGGAACUGGCACACGGACGAGCCCUCUUGUGGCUACGAGGUGUGUGUGGUGAUGUACCACCAGCCGUCCGCGCCCCCCAGCAUGGGUGGACUGUACAUGUUCCAGUGGAACGACGACAACUGUGAGACGCGGAAUAACUUCAUCUGCAAAUACACAGCAGAGAAGACUUUGGAGGCUGCUGCUCCUCCCAACUCCACCCAGACUGAUGGGCUACUUACAUCUGCACUGCCCUGGGAUCCAGCCGACCGCAACAAUUCCAAGGACACAGGCCUGAAUUGGAUCUACAUCACGCUUCCUGUCAUUCCCCUGCUGUUACUUUUACUCACGCUGCUGGCCGUAUGCUGCUUAAAACUGUGCAUUGGGCGAAGGAGAAGGAGGCGGCAGAAAUCGGUAGUGUGCCACACAGAACCGGGCCUCUGCCCCAGUGCCACUGCGACGGACGUCUACAACGUCAUCCGCUCCCAAAAAGAAGACGACCUGUCCACCACGCGACCGCAGACCAAAAACACCUCCUUCUUGUGCUCCUCUCCUGACACUCCAACCGGCGACUACGACAACAUGGGGGGUCGCGACACAGAGAGCGGCUUCGUAACGUUGGCCAGCACAGAAAGCGGAUUCCUCAACUAUGACCUCAACAACCUUAGCCUCGGGCGCCGCGGUACGACCGACAUGUACGACAGCAGCUCGGGUCGCUCUGGGAAGACGGAGGGAUUCGACCGCAGCCUGGGUCGCUCGACGAAGACGGAGGGAUUCGACCACAGCCUGGGUCGCUCUGGGAAGACAGAGGGAUUCGACCGCAGCCUGGGUCGCUCGACGAAGAUGGAGGGAUUCGACCGUAGCCUGGGUCGCCCAACAAAGACAGAGGGAUUUGACCACAGCCUGGGUCGCUCGACGAAGACAGAGGGAUUCGACCGCAGCCUGGGUCGCUCGACGAAGACAGAGGGAUUCGACCGCAGCCUGGGUCGCUCGACGAAGACUGAGGGAUUCGACCGCAGCCUUGAGCAGUCGGAGAAAAGAGACUCGUACGACACUAGCCUGUGGCGCUCGGACAACCAAGAGUUUUACAACAGAGCUCCGGGUAGACGCGCCACAAAGAGCGAGUUCUACGGCAGCGGCAGCUUCGUAGAGCAGGAGAUGUAUGGGUUCAGAAGAGAGAAAAGUGACCUUUACGACCCUUCCCUCGGUCCGGAAGCGAACAUGAUCAAGGCCGACCUGUACCAGACAUAUAUGACCAACGGCAAAGAGGGCUCGUACCAGACCAGAUUGGGAAACUACGGAAGUCAGAAUCCCUACCCAAAAAACAUUGAUUGCUACAGAAGUGACCUUGGCUUCACUGGCAGCCGACGUUAUUUCAAUGAAGCACAAUGGGUCAAUAGUGAGGGCUACUGACCCAACUCCCAUGUUAUGUACAAAGCUUAAAGUAUAGGUCUAUAAAGCCAUAUGUUACAUGUGCACAUAUAUAUGAAGCCAUAUGUUCCUGCAGGGGCAACCACAAAGUUGAUCUUCUUGAAAAUGUUAGUUACCUGGGGCACAAUCUCUGAGAUAGUCAGUUGAGGCAUGUAAUCCCAAACAGUUAGGGAGACUACUUUUCUUAAUCUUCAUGAGGAAAAUGCACAUAGAAUUAGACUGGGGAUGGCUGUGUGUGUCCUGUUUGCAUGGCCUUGUUAUGUUGCCUUGUUUCAGAAUCCUGACAGUGCCUCCUUUUUGAGUGGCAAAGGAAACUGCCAACUAUUUCAAUAUUUAAUAUACCUUAAUAAGAGAACAGACCGUGAUCAAAAUGUAUUCUAUACAUUUUGAGUUUACGAAUAUUCCUCAAGAACUUUUUUUUUUAAAUAUUACACCAAUUUCAAGGUUAAAUAUGUAUGUAUAGGAAUUAUCCAGGUAACAUUAACAUGGUCAAACAGGGGUAACAAAGGACAAAACAUCUUGCAUUAUCUUCACGUUCAAAGGAUCAGGACACCGUCAACAAGAAGGGCUCUACUCAUUGUAACCAAAAUGUAAUAACUCAAAUAUGAAUAAG